AUAUAAAUUGACAGUCAAGGUACAAUUUUCUGCUUGAAUUUGAUUGUCCGAAUGCUGUGAGUGUGUCCAUGACCAAUAUUUCUUCGGAUAAUUCUAUCGAGUUGUACAUCGUUCUCGUGAACACGUUAUGUGACACAAGUUCUCUAGGUAUCUAAUCUUCGUUUUUCAAACAAAAACUGAACUAUGACAGAGGUAAAUGUUGCAUUUUGUCCAUGUGGUCUGCGUUCGUCGUGGUUGACAAGUCGCUUUAUCGCAAUGAUGGCUCGUGAUUAAUCAUGGAAAAGCGAAAUGUUUGCAACAAGGAAGACCGUCAGGUCCUCCAGCAUUAUGUUGCCAAACAAAAUACCAUUCUAAUGCGUAUAUCCGGUGAAUGCGACAAAAACGUCAAUACGUUGCGUCUUGGUAUGCUUGUAGAAGCAGUCGAGGAUUUGGGAGACAGUGCACUCAGAGUGCGUGUUACGGACACAACAGGAUCAGAAGUUUGGCGUGGCACGGAAUGGAGAUGUCACAGGUUUGACUUAAUUCCUGUUUCAUCAGAUGUCUGGAAAUUUCUUCCAGCUGUGACUGUGCCCCAAGAAAGGGUUCACUUGGCUAAUCAUAAGUCAUUAUGCAAAGAACUAAUGAAUCUGAUGAUAGAGGAUACCAUUUGGUACUGUCCUGAUCCUCAGGGAUACAUCAAGUAUUUGGCUGUAAUUAAAUAUAUUGGACCUGUGCCACAACUUGGUCAAGGAUAUUACUUUGGUCUGGAUUUAUUGGAAGGAAAAGAAUCGUCUAAAACAGCUUUGCUGAGCAAAGAAUAUUUUGUGUCUACUCAUUCCGAAGGAAGGUUUGCUACAUUGAGCCACAUUUUCCCGUUGAAGCCUGAGGGUCCUACUGGUCUUGGAAACCCAGAUAAGAAUAUUUUUUUAAAAACAGAUACUGCAACCAAUCACACGAAUGAUAAGAAAAAGUCUAUAUUGGAUUCUACACCACCUGUCCUCUUGGAAAGAUUCACCACCUAUGAUGAUAACAAAAACAAUAACAGAGAUCAACGUUCUCUGCCAAAGGAGUACCUUCAGUCCAACAAAUCGAUAACACUUGAAAAUGAUAGCAAUGUAACUAAAAAUACAAAUGUCCAUUCAUACACACAAUCUGGUAAUACACCAGAAAAAAAUGAAAAUAAGAAAUUCGGACGAACAGAAACGCCAGAUUUAAUUGUUGGUUCUAAUGUAAAAGUGCUUUUGGAUUCCGACGUGCACUAUGGAAUCAUUCGUUGGAUUGGAACACCUCCUGGUAUUACUCCUGGCAAAUUAAUGGCAGCUGUAGAAUUGGAUGACAGUCAUCCUUCUGGAACUGAUGGAACAUACAAAGAUGUAAGAUAUUUUCAUUGCCGACCUUACAGGGCCAUUUUCAAAGACCUCGACCAAUGUUCUCGUUACGAUGGAACGACUUCAAAAAGCGACGGUCCGGCGUCACCGAUAAGUACCGACAAUUUUGGAAACAUGGAAAGUUCUGUGAUAGUUGGAAUGGUACGACCUAUCUCUGUUAAAGGGAAUCUGGAAAGUAUUUGUGGAAAAUACAGAGGAAUUCAAGGUCAUCACAAUUCCUGUUACUUGGAUGCCACACUUUUCAGCAUGUUUACAUUUACUAGCGUAUUUGACAAUCUAUUAUUUAGACCGCCAAAUGAGAAAGACUGUCCACAAUAUGAGGAAGUGCAAAGGGUGCUACGUGAAGAAAUAGUAAAUCCACUUAGAAAAAAUAUGUUUGUUAGAGCAGAUCACGUAAUGAAACUUCGAACGUUGCUUGAAAAACUUUCAUCGGUAUCUGGAUUGACCAGUGAAGAGAAAGAUCCUGAAGAAUUUUUAACUUCAUUGGUUGCUCAAAUUCUGAAUGCUGAGCCAUUUCUCAAAUUAAGUUCCGGUCAAGAUGCCUAUCACUAUCAGCUUUUCGUCGAGAAAGACGAUCAUUUGAAUCUUCCUACAGUACAACAAUUACUAGAACAAAGUUUUCUAACGAGUAAUAUUCGAUUAAAAGAAGUUCCAUCUUGUCUUAUUAUACAAAUGCCUAGGUUCGGAAAAUCAUUCAAAAUGUAUCAAAAAAUUCAACCAACACUAUUGCUGGAUGUGACGGACAUAAUUGAGGAUUCCCCCAGGCAAUGCACGGUUUGUGGGAAACUAGCAGAAUUUGAGUGUAAGGAAUGUUAUGGACAGUGUGGCGUUGGAUUAGAAAGUAUUGCUUUUUGUUUACAAUGUUUGGAAAAGGUACAUCGCCACGAACGAAGAACAAAUCAUGAACCAAAGAAGCUCGUGGUACCAAUGGAAUUUGCUAUUUUACAAGAACAUUGUCCUGUUCCACGAUUAUACUUGGAAUUGUCAGCAGUAGUCUGUAUUGAAACGUCUCAUUAUGUUUGUUUCGUGAAAUGUGGUUCUGGAUCAGAAGCGCCAUGGUGUUUCUUUGAUUCUAUGGCCGACAGAAAAGGAGAACAGAAUGGUUACAACAUACCAGAAAUGGUUCCCUGUCCCGACUUCCCGUAUUGGUUAAGCGAAGAAGGUGGAAACUAUUUGACUGAAUUAACGGAUGAUCGUCAUUUACCUGAGCACGCGAAACGACUCUUGUGCGAUGCCUAUAUGUGCAUGUACCAAUCUCCAGAUGUUAUGAUGUACAAAUAAGUACAAUUGCCUAUUAACUUAGGUAAGUUAGGUAUUAAAUUAUCAUUUAAUGAAUUUAAGCAUAUUGUUUGUGCUUAUUAAAACGUAUCGUUUGAUUUGCACAAAUCAAUGGAAUCUUGUAAAAAUAACUAAAGACAAAGAUGGUGUAAACGUGAAUUAUAUUUAUUCAUAAACAUCAUUGAAAAGACGACAGAUAAACGUGUAGGUAGUAUUAAAGGAACUAAACUUAUUCGUACGGUACAGAAAUUAUCUUAGAAUCACUGUCUUCAAUUGAAACCUAAUAAUCUAAGUCGAGCAUACUGCUGAGUUUCUUUAAGGUCAUGAGACAUAUGUAUACAUGUAUAUAUUCAUCGAUGACAUAAAAUUAAGUUUUUAUUCUACGUAGAAAUUCGAGGAAAAUCUACCAUUCUAUCGGAAAAUUUAUCUACCGCACCAUGUAUUCAUAAAUUCUCCUUUUAAUCCAUUGAAAAGGAUAGACAUUUCCACAAUAUUUUAAAAGAUAAAUAUUUGUGUAUAAAUACAGAAUGUCGUGUACACUUUUUUAAAGUUACACGUUAAACACAGAGAAGCACAGUUUUCAUACUGAAUGUCAUCAAUAUUUUGAAAACAUUUGACGAUACAUUUAUAGUAAAUAGUUAUUAACAGUUUACAAAUUUUUUGUAACAUAAAAGUUACAAUGACUAGGAUUCAGAAGUUAAUGCUGCACUUUUAAGUUUACUUCUGUUGCUCUAAUAAUUACUUUUAUCAUUAUUUCUGUUGCUAAUAAAAUAAUCUUUACAAGAUCGGAGCAACUUAGUACAACAUCAAUCUAGAAAUC